GGAAGCAGCGGGGCUCGACGGCGCGGCCACUUGGCCCGAUGGCGGCGCACGGGAGGCUGCGCCGGGAGCGGGGGCUGCAGGCUGAGUACGAGGCCCAGGUCAAAGAGAUUCGCUGGCAGCUGGGCGAACAGCUGCGCUGCCUGGAGCUGCAGGGCGAGCUGCGCCGGGAGCUGCUGCAGGAGCUGGCCGAAUUUGCGCGGCGCCGCGCCGAGGUGGAGCUAGAGUACUCGAGGGGCCUGGACAAGCUGGCCGAGCGCCUGGCCAGCCGCGGGGGCCGCCUGGGUGGCAGUGGGCGUGAGUUGCAGAGCUUCCGGAAAGAGCCGUCACUCCUGUCACCCCUGCACUGCUGGGCUGUGUUGCUGCAGCACACACGACAGCAGAGCCGGGACAGUGCAGCCCUGGGCGAGUUGCUGGGGGGGCCCCUGGCACAGCGUCUGAGCCACAUCGCUGAGGACGUGGGGCGCAUCAUCAAGAAGAGCAAGGACCUGGGGCAGCAGUUGCAGGGUGACCUUCUGGAAGUGGUCUCAGAGCUGCAGACGGCCAGAAAGACGUACCAGACAUACCGUGCUGAGUGUGCCAGCGCAGAGGCCAAGCUCCGAGAAGCCGAGCGGCAGGAGGAAAAGAGAGCAGGCCGGAGCGCCUCCACCACCACACCUGCCACCAUCACCAGCCUCACCAGUGCUACUGAGGCUGGGCCACAGCGCAAGAGCUCAGUGAAGAAGGGGGGACGGUUGGUGGAGAAGCGCCAGGCCAAGUUCCUGGAGCACAGACUCAAGUGUACGAAAGCGCGCAACGAGUACCUGCUCAGCCUGGCCAGCGUCAACGCGGCUGUCAGCAACUACUACUUGCACGACAUCCUGGACCUCAUGGAUUGCUGUGACACCGGCUUCCACCUGGCCCUGGGGCAGGUGCUGCGGAGCUUUGCAGCCGCUGAGAGCCGCAGCCAGGCCUCACACAUGCAGGGCUUGGGCAGCUUGGAGGAAGCGCUGGAGGCCCUAGAUGCUCCCGGUGACAAGGCCAAGGUGCUUGAGGUGCAUGCAGCGGCCUUCUGUCCCCCGCUGCGCUUCGACUACCAGCCUCAUGAGGGUGACCAGGUGGCUGAAAUCCAGGUUGAGCUGGAGCUUCGGGACGAGAUUGUACCUAGGGCCCAGAACAUCCGGAGCCGCCUGGACCAGCAGACCAUUGAGACAGAGGAGGUGAACAAGACGCUGAAGGCGACGCUUCAGGCCCUGCUGGAGUUGGUGACAUCGGAUGAUGGGGACAUGCCUGACUCCUUCCAGAGCAGCCCGUCCACAGAGUCCCUUCGGUCCACUGGCUCCGACUCCGGUGGGCGGCAGGUGGGCCGGAAGCGGGGCCAGCAGCAGGACACAGAGACCUUCUACAUCACGAAGCUGCAGGAAUACCUGAGUGGACGCAGUAUCCUUGCCAAGCUGCAGGCCAAGCACGAGAAGCUUCAGGAGGCCAUAGAGCGAGGUGACAAAGAGCAGCAAGAGACCCCCUGGACCCAGUACUCACAAAGAAAAGUCCAGAAGAGCCGCCAGCUACGUCCCAGCUCACAGUAUAAGCAGAAACUCUUUGGAGGCGACAUGGAGAAGUUCAUCCAGAGCUCAGGCCAACCCGUGCCCCUGGUGGUGGAGAGCUGCAUCCGUUUCAUCAACCUCAAUGGCCUCCAGCACGAGGGCAUCUUUCGGGUGUCCGGUGCCCAGCCUCGGAUCACAGAGAUUCGUGAUGCCUUUGAGAGAGGGGAGGACCCCCUGAUGGAGGGCUGCACACCCCAUGACCUGGACUCAGUGGCCGGUGUGCUUAAGCUGUACUUUCGCAGCCUUGAGCCCCCACUCUUCCCUGAGGACUUGGUGGUGGAGCUGCUGGCCUCUGCAGGGGAGGAGAGAGGAGCCGCUGGGGAAGGUCCCAGUGGCAUGGGCACACUCACUCACCACCUCUCCGGGCUCUGGGCUGCAGAGACUGAGGCUGUGGCUGAGCACGUGCAGCCCGUGGGCCUCCUGCUGGCGCGGCUCCCCAGCCCGGUGCUGGUGGUGCUGCGCUACCUCUUCACUUUCCUCAACCACCUGUCCCAGUACAGCGACGAGAACAUGAUGGACCCCUACAACCUGGCGGUGUGCUUCGGGCCCACGCUGCUGCCCGUGCCCAGUGGGCAGGACCCGGUGGCCCUGCAGGGCCGCGUCAACCAGCUGGUGCAGACUCUCAUUGUGCAGCCCGCGCGAGUCUUCCCGGCCCCGGCCCUGCUGCCCGGCCCCAUCUAUGAGAAGUGCAUGGCGCCGCCCACUGCCGAGUGCCUGGGGGACAUGCACUUGGACAGCCUCACGGGGGACACUGAGCUGGAGCAGGAAGGUGGCACCUCAGCCCCGGAGGAUGACCCCGAAGGCGUCAUGGAGGCAGUGGCCUGCUUCGGGUAUACAGGCCGCACGGCGCAGGAGCUGAGCUUCCAGCGUGGGGAUACGCUGAGGCUGCAUGCACGUGCCUCGAGCGACUGGUGGCGUGGGGAGCAUGGUGGUAUUCGUGGGCUCAUCCCACACAAGUACAUCACACUGCCUGAGGGACUGGAGCCAAGCACCGCUCCUGAGGCCAUGGGCCCCUCUGGCCAAGGACGACGCUGCUUGCUGCCAACUUCCCCGGAACGACAUGUGGAGGUAGAUAAGGCUGUGACACAGAACAUGGACUCGGUGUUCAAGGAGCUUUUGGGAAAGGCCACCAUGCGCCAGGCAACCGCCACUAGCCCUGGGCCACGCAGCCCAAAGUCCCCAGGUGGUGGUGGUGGUUUGCUUGGCAGGAACAAAGGCUUUGCGCGGGGGCCCGUAGGCCCUGUUUCCCCCUCUGCCCUGAAUCUACAGGGCCCAGACUCAGCCCCCAAGCCACACUGAGGGAUGGGACCCCAGGGCUAUCCCCCUCUCCCUGGGCCCCCUGCUUGUCCUCACCCUCAGCUCUGCCUGGGGCUGGUUGGCAGGGUCCUGCAUGACUC